AUGCAGAUCAAGUCGUCUACCGUUCUCGUCGCCCUUUUGGGCUCCUCCAUGGCCCAGGCUGCCAACAUCCAGCGGAGACAGGAGCAAUCGACCGACUUGGCCGAUGCCACUCCCACUGACACCGGCUCCGCCUCUGUCACUGGUCCCACGGAGACCGGCUCAGUCACUCUCCCAUACUUCACCGAGACCGGCCAGUCGGGCACUGCGACUGGAACCGCAUCUGCCACCGGCACUGAAUCUCCCACUGGAUCGACCACUGGAUCGGCGUCUCCCACCGGAUCGUCCAGCAGUGGAACCGAAUCGACCUCGGACUCGGCGACGCCCACCAGCGGAUCGGCCUCGGCCACCGAGUCCGGAUCGACCACUUCGACUUCGACCUCUACCACCACGGAGGCAUCGACCACAAGUGCAAGUGAGACCACCAGCAGCUCGGAAACGUCUUCCUCCACUUCCUCAUCGGCUUCGCCCUCGUCGACUGACUCGGGUGCGUCCUUGACCUUGCCUCAAGGGUGGGCCACGUGGAUGCUCCCCUUCGUGCUGGGUGCUUUCCUGUGA